AUGACUGAACAACUUGCAGAUCUUACAACAAACAUGACCAGUGCCAGUGAUGAUGUGAUGGAACCAAUGGAGCUUAACAAUGUUGUCCUAGAGGAAGUUGAACUGGAUAUGCAUGAGAUUGACAUUGGUUUCUUUCAGGCUGAGAACUUUAAUAAAAUCUUGAAAUCAUACAGUGAUUCUGAUGUAGAGUUUGAGGAACAAAAUAGAUAUUUAGCAUCUUUUGGAUUGCAAUGGAAUGCAAUUGUAGGAGAUGGUAAUUGCCUUUUCCGCUCCAUCAGUUUUUCUUUGUAUGGUCAUCAAGACAACCACCUCCAUCUCAGAAAUCUCGCAGUGGACACACUUAGAGGUAAUAUGGUUUUUUUUCAAAACUAUUUUCUUCAGGACACAGGUACACCAGAAGAGCAAAUCAGUAAUUUAGGUCAACCUAACAGUUAUGCAGGACAGGAGUGCAUAUUAGCACUAUCUAUGGCGUUAAAUAUAAAUAUUCUUGUAACUCUUGGUGGUGAUGUGCCGAAUAACCAGGUCUCCACUUAUGAAAAUACUUUUUCGCAAGGUCAACCACAACAAACCAUUCAUAUUGCAUGGCGAAGAGCAGGGGGCGGUCAUUAUGAAGCUGUGACAGAAAUAGAUAAUGAGAAUCCAGAAGUAGAUAGGUCAGAUCCCAUUGUCAUAGGUCAGGAUCAUAGCAAUACAAGGCCAUGGCUCACUGAAUUCUCAAAGCCUAUCAAUAUGGAGAAUUUCAAGAUCGUGCCCCCUCAGUCUCUAAUAUCUACACUACAUUCUCAUGUAAAAUCUGAGGAGGCAAGUGUAAAUCUUCAGGCACAGAAGAAAACUGGUGCAAAAAUAUGCCCAAAAUGUAAAGUUACAUUUAAAAAGUCAGUGAACUUAAAAAGUCAUAUUAAAAAAUUCCACUCAUCUCCUAUUUCAUCUCUUUCAGAAAACACCAAAUGUAAACUUCAGCCCUGCAUGAUAUCCUCAUGUUCAAUGAAGUUUCGAACCAUAGAUCAACUUUUGGAGCAUGCUAUAAAUGCACAUGAUGCAAAUAUAAAAGUCGAACAUCUUACCUUUGAAAGUUUCGCUAUCUUUUCAGAUUUUCGCAAUAAAGAAGAGAUGUCAUCUAAUUCAAGAUUUGUAAGGAGGUCAAGGUCACAAGUAAAUAAGAAAGGAGGAAAAACCUACUCCUUAGUUUGCCAUCGUAAUGGGCCUGUUUUACCCCACAGAGCAAAAGGAGUCCAGCCCAAGACACCCAGAAAGAACAAUAAAGGGCAUUGUCAGAUCAACAGUUUAUGCCCUGCACGUAUGUCUGUUAGUGAGAUGGGAGAUGGUAAAGUUAUGGUAAAGUAUGUAAAGUCUCACACUCACUCACUGUCAUUUGAACAAACAAAAUAUUUACCAAUUCCAGAUAGCUUAAAGUCAGAAAUUCUCAACAUGCUUGCCCUCAAAAUUCCUAUCAACUGUAUAAGAGACAAAGUACGUGAACAUUUUAGUGAUAGAGGUAACAGGGAUAAUUUAGAGGAACUAAAAUACUACCAUCUUAUUGACAGAAAGAAAAUUCAUAGUUUAAAAACAAAACUUGCAGAUCCAGCCAUUAUUCAAGAUAGUAAUGAUGCUAUAUCAACUUCUUUAAAGGUGGAAGCCCUGCGAAAAGAGUUCUUUAAUCCAGUCCUGAUAUUUAAACAACAGGGAAUUGAAGAUCCUUCCAAGAAGCUGGACAAAGAGGACUUUAUUUUAGCUACGAUGACAAAAGAACAAUUGAAUAUGUACAAAUUAUUUGCAAGUAGAAUUUUAUGUAUGGAUUCAAUCCUCAAGACAAAUAGUUACUCUUUUAAGCUCUUAACUCUGAUGGUACCUGAUGAAUUUCUCAAAGGUUAUCCGGUUGCAUUCUGCAUAUCAGAGAGGAUGAAACAACAAUGUCUCUCUUUCUGUCUUCAGUUAAAAACCUGUCCCCUGAAACCAAAGUCAAGGUUAUAAUGACUGAUGAUGAUAAUGCAGGAUGGAAUGCUGCACAGUCAGUCUACGGAUCUGAUUUAAAACAUUUCCUCUGUAUGUGGCAUAUUCAAAGGUAAUGGAUUAAAAAUAUCCAUAAUCAUUUUAGAAAUGAUAUGCAGAAGACAGAGAUGUAUUGUUACCUUUGUGCUUUGUUGCAGGCAAAAUCAGAAAAUGACUUUAUUAAAUACAAAGAUGCAUUGGUUUCUAAACUUCACAGCUUAAAUCCCAAUUUCUUAAAGUAUCUUAAUGAUCAUUACUUUAAUCGCCCCGAAAAAUGGUCAUUGUGCUAUAGGAAAGGAACUGAGUAUGGCAAUGUUAAUACCAAUAUGUUUGUAGAAAGUUUUCAUAACCGGUUGAAAACUAUUUACUUCUCAGGAAAGCGCAAUAGAAGAAUAGAUGUGCUAUUGGACACCUCACCUUGUUGAAGAUAGAAAAUGAUCAUUUUAUUAGACAUUUACAACGUUUCUCUUAUAAUAAUCCUUCAGAUGAAGAUUUACGUAUUAUAGAUAGGCAUUGAAAAGGUUUAGAAAUAGAUAAUACUAAGGUCAAACAAAUUACCAGCUCUGUCUUUUAAUUAGAGUCUGGACCUGAAAACUAUGUAAUAGAGGCCAUACUGAGUGAUUGUUCUCAAGAACACUGCUACAAUAACAAUAAGUGUAAAAUCUUGCCUUGCAUAAAUUUAUGUUAUCAUAUGUAUAAAUGUAGCUGCAAUGAUUACCACAAUGGUCAUAUCUGUAAACAUAUUCACAAGAUUCACUCUCUCU